GCAGGGAGGGGGAGGGAGAAAGGUUUGUUUUUGUUUGUUAUCGUGUUUGUGCUGGGUGCUCUAUUGCGAGUUUUCACGUCAAACUUUGACAAAACUGUCGCAAAUGCCAGUGAGGCAGGGCCCCAGAUGUCGAGUCGUCGGGUGCAUCAAUCAGAAGAAGUGUGCCGCGCCAGGAACUUCGUUGUUUGUCGUCCCCAAGCAUGCGGCGACGUUUGAGAAAUGGCUUCAACUUACCGGUAACCCUGAGCUUCUUGACUUACCAAUCCAUUUUUUGGGGAACAACAUGCGCUUCUGCGAAAAACAUUUCCUUCCUGAACAAGUGUGUACUAAAUCCAAAUUUAAGCUUCUCAAAAGGGGUGUGUCGGGUCCUGCAGUGCCCACUCAGUUUCAUGAAGGCCACAUUCCUAUCUCUGAUGAACUAAUGCAGAAGUGGAGGCUAACGGAGCAGUAUAGAGCCCUUCGCAAUCCUCCAGCAUCACAGGAGAGGAAGAAGUCGAAUAAUGUGCAUAUACGUAUUCUCCAAGAGGACUUCAUUACUAAUGAAGGAGGUCAGCCUACAGCCUCAGAAUCGUCAUCAAAUGAGUCAUCAGCUGAUGGAGCUGUUCAAGCAGCUUGUUCACCCGAGAAGACCGAGUCAAAUGUGAUUAUUCAUAUUCUCCAAGAGGACGACAUCAGUAAUGAAGAGGGAGGUCAGUCUUUGGCCUCACAAUUUUUCUCAAAUGAGUCAACGACAGAUGGAGCUUUUCAUGCUGCAGUUUCACCCAAGGAGAAUGAUGUAAUUAUACGUAUUCUCCAAGAGGACUACAUUACAGACGAAGAAGAGCAGUCAAUGAUCUCAGAAUUUUCAUCAAACGAGCCAUCAGCAAAUACAGCUAUUUCACCCAAUGAGAAGGCAGAGGGAGUUAAUCACACUGUUCAAGAGGAUUACAUUAUUAAUCAAGAGGAAAGUGAAUCGAGGACUUUGGAAUCUUCAUCAAUUGAGCCGUCAGAGGAUGGAACCAUUCAUACAGCAAGUGGAAUCAAGGAGACAGAGCCGUUUCAACCUACUGUUGAAAAUGUCUGCAUUAAUAAUGAAGAAGGAAGUCAGUCGAGGCCCUCGGAAUCUUCACUGACUACGUCGUCUGUUGGCUCCAACGAAUGGGAGCCCCAUUACAUACUGGUUCAAGUCGGCGAUCAGCUGAUGGCCGUUCCAGGCCUCUCAAUCGAAAUACCGGGGAUGAAGUGAUACGCAAGGUCCAGCUUCUGCGACAAUGUGAUAUUCUCGAAGACUUCCUGCUCCUCAAAGAAUGCCGUUCGAAGAUCAAUCAUCAUCUUCAUAAGAAACUUCACACCACUGUGUGUGUUAUUUUGUGAUAUUUUUAACAUGUCUUACUGUUUACUUUUGCUACCCUUAUGGCUGUGAUUUAAUUUUCCUUUAAGUGUCAGCUCUGCAGAGAGACAUAAAAAGACUUCUAUAAGACUAAAAGAAUUUCUCAUCAAUUAAAAAA